CGAAAAACCAAAACAUGUCGGCAUCUAGCCUCAACUAUCAUCUCACAAAUUUGCGAUUUUGACAAUUGUUUCCAUAGUUCUUGCAGUUGAUUUUGAGUGUUUCACCAAGCUGACAGUCGGGGCUUCUUGGUGGCCAAAUUUGAAGCAAUAACUCGUCGUUUUUGUAGAGAUGGCGGGGUACGGACCGGACCAGGGGCUGGACCAACAGGGAUUUUUCCAAACCCAGUACGAUGACCAGCAGGGGUACGAUAUGGGCAGCGGGCAGCAGCCGCAGCAGCAACAGUGGCAGCAGGAAGGGUCAUAUGGUGGAUAUGACUACAGUCAACAGGGGUACGGUGCAGCACCCAACAUGAUAGCCCCACAGGCACCGUAUACAGGGGAAAUCAUGACCCCUGAACCCAUACCCGCAGGGUCAAGCGGUUACACAGACAGCUUUGAGGAUGAGCCACCACUCCUAGAAGAACUUGGAAUAAAUUUUGAACACAUCUACCAAAAGACACUGACUGUCCUGAACCCGCUGAGGGAAACAGACCCUGCAGCCAUCCACGACAGUGACCUGGCGGGACCCCUGGUGUUUGCAUUGGCAUUUGGUGGCACUCUCUUACUGGCGGGCAAGGUGCAGUUUGGUUACAUCUACGGCAUCGGCGGUCUGGGCUGCCUGGCCAUGUGGAUGCUGCUCAACCUGAUGAGCCUGACGGGCGUGGCUGUGGGCUGCAUCAUCAGUGUCUUGGGCUACUGCCUACUCCCUAUGGUACUGCUCAAUUGCCUGGCCAUCGUGUUCCCAUUAGAGAGUGUGGUUGGUACGAUAGCAACUUUAGUCACGAUCGGUUGGUGCAGCCUCUCGGCCUCCAAGCUCUUUGUGACGGAGCUGGCCAUGGACUCCCAGCAGCUCCUGGUGGCCUACCCGUGCGCUCUGCUGUACGGCGUCUUUGCCCUGUUGAGUGUUUUCUAAAAAUCGUCAACAGAUGGCAGCAGACAUGAACAACAUCAAUUGCAAGUCGUUCACAAGUCGUUCACAAGUCAGGACCCAAUUUCACGGCGCUGCUGAGCACACGAUUUUCUGCUAACAGAGCCUCCAUCUAUUUUAUGGAGACCGUGAGCAUAAGCAUAGCAAAGGGCACGUUUGCUUCAGAGAAAAAAAUUGCUUAACUUAGUGACGUAACAAUAGAAAUCUCCAUGCACGCAUGACCGUUAGUACAUAUCCACGCCGUGAAAUAGUGCUUAAGAUUAGCAAAUUGUUCUGCUAUGCUAAGCACAACUUCUCUGUUGGCUGUUAAGCAGCGCCGUGAUAUUGGGCCCAGGUCACAAGUCAAGUCAAAGGGAUAACAAUGCCAAAGGAAUGCCUCCGUCACGUUUCAUUUGAAUAGGCUUGUGAUGGCUUGUGAUGAUCUGUGAUGACUUGUGAUGACUUAAUUACAGCUCUGGUUUGGGGGAUGCAGGGAUGUGAGCUCGUAACAAGUCAGAUCACAAGUCAGUCACAGGUCCAAUCACAAGCCAGGUCACACGACGGGUUACAGGGAACGAUCUUUGACAAAGGAUUGCCCUUGUCACUAAUUAUUUGACUAGCUUGUGACUUGGCUUGAGACGGGACGGCCUGUGAUGACUUGUGACGACUUUUGAUGACUUGGUUAUAACAAUAGCCAAGGGCAAAAUGACCAGUCUUUCUUCGUUGGCUGAUUUGACUUACUCCUGGAUUAAAGUGCAGGGAGUUAAUGUCAAAAUCAACCAACGCUGAGGACCGGUCAUUUUGUACCGUUAUCCUCCCCAAAAUGACAUUGUAUUUUAUCUGGUUACACUGCAUACAUUUUGACUGACAGUUAAAUAAAUUAUGUCCUUCAAAAAUAA